AUAAAACAAACAUAAACUAAAACAAAAAUCAAAGCCAUUGAAAUCUCACUCCAAAGACUUCUUCGCAGCUUCGCUCCUAGCAACAAUAUACCUCUUCUUCUGUUUCUCCUCCUCCUCCUCCUCCUCCUCCUUCAAACUCGCACGUAAUCCUAACCAACAAAAUUAUAAAACCCACAUUCCCAAUAUUCUCUCAUCACUUCAAAGUUUGAAACUUUAACUUCUUAUUAAUCACCCAUGGCCAAAGCCACCACACAAACACAAACACAAAAACCAAACCCUACAAACUCCAUGAACAAGCCCCCAAAGCCAAAGCUAGUCUGCUUUUCAUUUGCAGCUUAUGCCAAGACUCUCAUCUACCAUCUCAAGUCUUCGAACAUCCCCAUCGUUAAUGGCCUCUCCAACUCAGAAUUCACCUCCAUCGAAACCACUUUCGGCUUCUCUUUCCCUCCGGACCUCCGUUCAAUACUCUGUGAAGGUGUCCCAGUUGGUCCUGGUUUUCCAAAUUGGCGAUCCUAUUCUCCCCAACAGCUUCAUAUCCUUCUCAACUUGCCUACCUUGGGUCUCCUCAAACAAGUCUCUCAAAGAAAGUUUUGGUCACACUCUUGGGGGACUCGGCCUGAUGACACGAACGAAGCCUUAGCUUUAGCCAAGCAGAGUUUAAACAAAGCCCCAGUUCUUGUACCUAUAUACCGCAAUUUUUACAUUCCUUCGAGGCCCAACAUAGCUGGAAAUCCUGUGUUUUAUGUAAAUGGUAGAGAUGUUCAUGUGUCUAGUUUUGAUGUUUCUGGGUUCUUCCAAGAAGCUGAAUUCUUAAACGUUCCGAGGGCUACGAGGAUUAAAGCUCCCGCGUGGACAGCAACCACCGCACGGAGGAUUGAGUUCUGGACCGACGCGGCGGCGCGUGCGGAUGCGCGGUGGUGGAGUGGGGACUUAGGGACGUGUUUGGAGGAAGUGUUUUGGAGGUUGAGAAAUGGAGGGUGGAAAGAAGAGGAGGUUAGGGAGAUGUUGAUGAUGAUGAACGGUGGUGAUGGUGAUGAUGAGGAGAGGAAAGGUGGGCCUGGUUUGGUGAGAUGUAAAGAGAGUGUGAAGUGGCACGUGCAAGUGCUGUCUAUGAAGUUGUUGAGUGCGGGAUGGAGUAGGGAAGAUGUGGUGUACUCGCUUGAUCUUGUAGAUGAAAGUGGGCUUCUAGAGGAGCAGUCUUUUUUGGAUUUUCAAGUUCAACAAAAACCAAAAAGUUGUUCUAAAGUGAAUGAUGAUCGUCAAAGGCUUAGUAUAAAGCAGUUGAUGCAGUUGCAUUCUCUUGAGUCUUGAGGUUGUGAUUCCAACAAUUUUGGUUAGCCAUUGAUGGUGAAUA